AUGGUAUCAGAGAAAGUUUUGAACCGUAGCAUGAAAGUCUACCAGAAGACGACGUUCUCCUCCCGAAUGAAGAGCCGGUCACACUUGGGCCAGCUGACUUUUUACUCUGACCCAGGGGGUUCAUUGGAAAAUAUGGGGCUAGAUCCCACUCUCAUUCUCAGGUUGACAGAAGGUGCAGAUGCAAAAAAGACUCUCUUUGACUUUAUAAAUGACCAGAGAAGCAGGUUUCUACUUGAGUAUGCUGUGGCGACCAAAAAAAACACGAUUAAAAAGCUUGAUAAAUGUAUAACAACGAAGGAAAAUCAACUGAGAAAAGCAGAGAAAAAGCUUCAGGAGGACGCGAUAGCCUUUGAAGAGUUCCUUCGAGAAAAUGACCAGAGAUCUGUAGACGCUCUCAAAGUUGCAGCUCAAGAAACUCUAAACAAAAUCCAAAUGACAGCCGAGCUGAAGAAAGCAAACAUGGAGAUGCAGGUGAUAAAAAGUGACAUAACAAAAACAGAAUUCCUUCUCAGGGAGUACAUGCAAUAUGGAUAUUUUCUGUUGAAAUUAUCUCCAAAACAUUGGCAAAUACAACAAACACUAAAAAAAGAGCAGGCGCAAAAAAGUAAUAUUGUUCUUCCAAAAAUAGUACCAAAAAGCACAGGAAGUUCACAUAAAAAACACCACCGGGUGGAUGGAUCUGAAAAAACAUCAUCAGAUGAACAUUAUUCAGUAAAAGCGAACAAAGGAAAGCACCUCAAGAAGGUCAAUUUAAUCCCAGAGGCCAAGAAAUCAUUCAGCCGGCCUGACAGUAGCAGCUCUGAAGACAGUUUGGAUUUCAUUUUAGAUAAUGACAUCAACUUUGCUCUGGAGCCAGAGAUUUACUUCAAUGAACCAGAAGAGUUACUUCAAGUCCUCACUGAGCUGGAAGAGCAAAAUCUUAAUCUGGUCCAGUAUUCCCAAGAAAUAGAUGAAAAUCUUGAUGAGGUCAACAGAAGAGAAAAAAUUAUACAGGAUAAGAUAAAUGCCAAUGUCUCCUUCUUGCUGGAGCACAAGGAAAUGCUCAAGGCCCAGUGUGUGAGAGAGGAGGAAAAAGCAGCAGAAUUGGAAUUGAGAUCCAGGCUCUUCAGUUUUGGAGAAUUUAAUUCAGAUACUCAGGAAAAGCUGAUACAGUCACUUAGUAAAAAAAUCAACCAAGUGUACACUAUGUGCAUUGGAGAAGCUGAGGUUGGCAGCAUGACAGCAGUUCAGAAACUGGUCAAAGUAGAGAAUCGCCUGGUGGAACUGAGUGAUCUCAUCGAGUCCAUUCCCAAAGAAAAUAUGGAGGCGAUUGAGAGGAUAAAGCAGAAGGAGAGACGGCAAAAGUACUGUCAAUGUCUUUUCAUAGAAGUGUAG